GAACAUAUAACGGUCAAACAAUCUCAUCUUUCAUCUUUUCAAAGCUUUUGAGCCAUUAAACUUCCAACCUACUCUGGACGAGUUUCUGCAAGUUGCUCCUCAAAGUUCCUCUCUUACUUCCUUCCGUUGGUAUCUUAUUUUCCUCUAUAUAAGUGAAUCCCCUUAAAACCACCCAAAUCACACAGCGAAAACCCUUUAUAGCAGUUGGAUUUCUUUUCUUAUAUUUGGAGUGCCCGAACUGUUUGAUUCGAGCUAUAUAACAAUUCGACGUUACACUUGUUAGCUAAGCUAAUCUCAAAUGGCAAGUGGAAGAGAGCCAAUGAAGGUUGUGAUCAUCAACACCAAGUAUGUAGAGACGGAUGCUACAAGCUUUAAGUCCGUGGUACAAGAGCUGACAGGUAAAGAUUCAAGAGUUAUGAGCAAUCCACCAAAGCCAAAAAGCCGGUUUUAUAAAGAGCAGAUCAAUAAGAGGGAAGAAGAAAAAGGGAUUCCAGCAGCUGGGGUUGGAAAUUCUAGAGGCGGUUCGAUUUUGAUGAAGAAUUUGUCGUUCAAGGAGUUUGAUAGGUUGCUAAAGGAGAUGCCUCCGGUGGAUGAUCUGUUAUGGAAUAUGGACUGAAUAAAGUUCAAUUUCAUGGGGGCCUAAAUUAGUUGGAAUGGCUGCUAUAUUAUAUGCAGGGAUGCAACCGUUCUAAUCAUGGAUUUUAGCUACUCCUUUUAUUAUUCAUUCAUUGUUUUUGUUUCUAGCAUAUGUAUAGUAUAGAAUUAUUUGAUUAGCAUGCUGUAUAUCUUGUUCUCUCUUUCUUUCUAUUCUGCCCUUUUUCAUCUGAUAGAUAUGAGGCUUCAGCUCUCCAUUGUUCGCUAUGAAUCAUUGAUCAAGAACACUUGUGUUAAUCUUACUAUUUCUUCAUCAUGGUUAAGUUGCAAGCCAUUUUGAUUGUGAUUUCUUUGA